UUACCAGUGAGACGUUCAGGGACUUCCCACAGGUCUGUCGAGCUUCAGUCGUUGGUUUCGGUUUCUCUUCAGUCUCUGACUGCAGUCUGAUCUGAACCUCGGCUUCUCAUACUGCUCUGUUUCUGACAGAUUACAGAAAAUAUAAAGUCUUUCUGAGGUUUGAGUCGUUCAUCAGUAGUUAACUCACCUUUGGAGAGGACAUUUAGACGAAUCUCCUCGAUAUGCAGAAAAUGAGCUUCUUCUUCCCUCUGCUCUGCGUCUGCCUGGACGUGUGCGUGACGCACGCCGUCCGCCUGGCCCAGCUGUGCCCCCCACUCCUCCACCGCCCGCUCGUCAGCCUGUGGGGGGGCACGCUGGCCAGGACCUCCGUCCUCGCCCUCCUCGUCCUCACCUACCCCGGAGGCGUCCCGUGGAUGAGAAGCUUCGAGGGGCUCCAGAGCCUAGGGGUCCUCUGCUUCCACUUCCCGGUGUACGUCAGUCUGCGGUGGGCUCUGGGGUGGUCCACGGUGGAGGAACUGUGGGGGUGGUCGUCCUGGGAGCGGAUGUUGCAGGGCUACGUCGUCACAGCGGUGGCCUGGCUCUACUGGAGUCGCUACGUCUCCCAGUUCUUCACCAGGAAAGCUCCGUCUGAGACGACCGGAGCGGACGGCAGCGGCGCCAUGAAGAGGCUGACGGGCUACAUGGCGCCGUACCUGGGGCGCUUCAUGGUGGUGCUGGUUCUCGUGGUGGUCUCGUCUUACGGUGAGAUGGCCAUUCCUCAUUACACCGGCCGGAUGGCCGACUGGAUCAUGAACGAAGAAGCGCCCGACGCCUUCGCUGAGGCCAUCACAACCAUGACCGUACUAACCAUCGCCAGUGCUGUGUUAGAGUUUGUGUGUGACCUGAUCUACAACAUCACCAUGAGCCUCAUCCACACCUCGGUGCAGGGAGCCGUCUUCCAGGCGGUGCUCAAGCAGGAGAUCGCCUUCUUUGAUGCCACUCCAACAGGCGAGCUGGUGUCCCGCAUCACCACGGACACCAACGACAUGAGCGAGGCCCUGAGCGAGAAGCUGAGCCUGGUGAUGUGGUACACGGCCCGCUUCGGCUUCCUCCUGUUCUUCAUGCUGAGCCAGUCGUGGAAAAUGACCCUGCUCACCUGCAUGGGCCUCCCCAUCAUCUGGGUCAUCCCCAAACUCACCGGACACUUCCACCAGACCAUUGCUGUGAAGGUGCAGGAGUCUCUGGCCAAAGCCAACCAGGUGGCCACAGAGACGUUCUCCUGCAUGAAGACGGUGAGGAGUUUUGCCAAUGAAGACGGUGAGACGGAGAAGUACAGGAGGCGGCUGGAGGACACCUACUCUCUGAAUAAAAAGGAGGCGGUUGCGUACGCAGCUUCCACCUGGGCCAACAGCAUGACCACUCUGGCCUUGAAGGUGUGUAUUUUAUACUACGGGGGGACGCUGGUGUCGCGGGGGGCCGUCAGCAGUGGAGACCUGGUUUCCUUUGUUCUCUACGAGCUUCAGUUUGCUUCUGCUGUUGAGGCUGUGAUGCGUUAUUACCCGGAGGUGAAGAAGGCCAUCGGUGCCUCGGAGAAGAUCUUUGAGUAUCUUGACCGGGAACCUCGGAUCCCACCUUCAGGCACUUUGGCUCCUGAGAAUCUGCGAGGACACAUUCAGUUUAAAAAUAUUAAAUUCUCCUUUUCUAAAAAUACUGAUGACAACAAUCUGGUGCUUAAGGAUGUGUCUCUGGAAGUGAAGCCGGGUCGGAUCACCGCUCUCGUUGGUCUGAACCGAUCAGGAAAGACCACCUGCGUCAAACUGCUGGAGAGGUUCUACCAGCCGCGGUCAGGAGAGAUCCUGCUGGACGGAGAACCACUGCAGACAUACAGUGACGAGUUCCUGCGGAGGAAGAUUGCUGUGGUGAGCCAGGACUGUGUGCUGUUUGCUCGCUCUGUCCGGGACAACAUCAAGUACGGCUGUGAGGACGCCACAGACCAGGAGAUGCACCGAGCCGCUGAGCAGGCGAGCGCCCACAAGUUCAUCACCGAGCUGUCUAAAGGAUACGACACAGAUGCUGGAGAAAAAGGAGGCCAGGUGUCCGGAGGUCAGAAGCAACGCAUCUCCAUCGCCAGAGCUCUAAUCAGAAAACCUAAAAUCCUGAUUCUGGACAACGCCACCAGUGAUUUGGACACAGAGAAUGAAUACCAGAUCCGUGAAGCUCUAACCAAGCUAGCAGAGAGCUGCUCUGUGCUGAUGAUAUCCAACAAGAUGAGCGUGGUUGAGAAGGCCGAUCACAUUAUUGUCCUCGACAGCGGGGCGGUAAAGGAGGAGGGCAGUCAUGACCGGCUGAUGAAGAGCAGUGGUCUUUACGCUGAGAUGGUAAAGAAGCAGGAAACGGGCUUUAACCGCCCAAAAGACGGGAGCAACCACGAGAACUGAGACGUCGGAACGGCAGGAAAAAGACUGAAAGUUUUUUAAACUUGGGCUCCAAACUCAAGCUACGCUCAUUUUAUUUAAAAAAAAUAUCACGAGAUGUAAUUUUUACUGCGUUUGCUUGAGUUUGACCUUUUAACACAGCUGCACAUUGAAAAUCUGACAAACUGCACUGAAUAUUCUGAAAGAUUUUACGUCUGAGCAGAAAAAAACUGCAUUUUAUUGUUAAUGGGUUUUUUUUCAACAAAUUUCAACCACGUUGUCAUCAAUCAGAAAAUAUCAUUACUGAAGUUCUUCAGUGAGGUGAUGUUAGAAGAAUUUAUGUUGUAUUUAUUGUCAGAUUAACCAACUUCACUCCCUACUUGUCAGCGUUCAUCCAUCUGUAUGCAAACACACCAUGAUGGAUUCUUUAUUAAAGCAGUUUGCUCAGA